AUGUCCAUGCCUCCUGUUGACGAGGAUGGCAAGGUAAUGUGUACCUGCCAACGCUAUUGCAAAGGUGGAACUCGUAUCCGACCUGCGACUUGGAACAAGCACGCCAAAGACUUCCCGCUCUCUACCUUGGACGGGUUUCUUUCUGCUCUGCCCCCGGUCGAUACUGCCAAUCAACAGGGCCAGAGCGAACCUCGAAAAAGGAAACACGCUGCACCUGGUGUGAAUGGGCCCCCUCCUAAACGGCCUCGUGGACCGACAGGUAGAAAUACGCCACCAGCGACAGACCCAUCGGUGCCACCUCCGUCCCCAAAUCAUGCUGUCGAAGACGAAGAUAAUGCUUUGCCUCCCACCGAUGCCGACCUUCGCCUCGAUCCUGACGGCGGCGAACUUGGUCCUAGGGAACAGGCCAUUGGAGAACCCGAAGAGCAAGGCGACACAGCUACGGACUUCUCACUGGGCAUCAGGACUUGGUUUGGAUGGAAGCCGACAGAGGGCGCACGGACCAAGAACGGACAGUCACUCGGCGAGAUUGAGUUUGGCGUCGUUCAGCCGGACGCGUCGUUCGAUGACAGUGGCAUGUGGACACGUCCUCCGAGCCUGGUCAAUGCUGCCAUUCUCGUCACAACGCGGGAUAUUGAGCAAAAACUGGGCGUAAACGACGAGGGGCAUGCCCCGACGCCUCCACAAAUUUGA